CAAAUUUAAUUGGACAUCACGCAGGUUUAGACAAAAGGUAGUUCUUGAAAAGUGUAUUGAUAAGAAGCAUUGUUGAAAUAUGAACGAAGAUUUUUCAAAAUUGUCAUAUAAGGAACUACAAGCUCUUGCUGCGAAAAAUAAAAUUCCUGGAAAUAUCAAGAAAGAAUUAUUAGUUGAUUUUUUGGAAGCCUUAAAGAGUGGCAACGAAGUUCAAGUGAAUCGAAUGUUGGACGAAUUAAGGGAAAAUCGCAAGCGUAAAGUAAGAAAACGUAAAUUGGAAAGGCUUGAAAAAAUGACUGCCGUAACCUCAACGCCAAUGCACAGUCCAAAUUAUUCUUCGAUUGAUGAUCGUUUCUACUCGCCACAGCAUCUUUCACCGUAUCGCUGGACGGUACCAGAGGAGGAAAUGAUAAAAAGAGAAGAUCCUAAUUACGAAAUGUUUCGUCAAUAUUUAAUUCAGAGAAUUCAGAAAAAUUAUCAAAAUUUCGAUACAAAUAAUAAUGACGGAGAAUUGGAUACGGCGGCAUUAAAUUUAAAAGCCGGUCCAAUGGAAUUUUCCACUCAUCAGUCAAAUGUUUUUACAAAUCCAACGGAGGCAAAAUCAUUUUUGCCCUCGCCAAUUUUUGAAACACAAGAAUCUCAUUCGUUAAGAAAUAUCAAUGAGAAUAAUACGAAUAAUAAUAAUAAUAAUAAUAAUAAUAGUUAUAAACCAAUGAUACUACAAAAAAUGUUACAAGCGCCACUUGGAACAAAUUUAGGUGCAAUGGCACGUCUUGAGGCAAAUCGAAUGUGGCCAAUUGAACAUUAUCGUUCGUUACGCGACAUUGAUGAUAAUAAUUCUGACACAAUUACUGCCGAUUCAGAAAGUUGUGAUGAAGAGUGGAAUGAACGAGAAUGUUAUAAUAUAUUUGACAAUAAUAGACGAUCACAAACAAUGUUCAAUGAACAAAAUCAAAUUCCACAAAUUAAUCUCGAUCAAAUGAUGAUGAAUUAUUUACAAAAUAAUUCACAAAAUGGAUAUCAAAUAAAUAGUACGGGGAAUUUUAUUCAAGAAAAUUGUCAAUCUUGGAUUGAUAAUUCAUUAGAUUAUAGAGGUCCAAUUGAUUAUACGGAAACGGCCGAUACAUCAAGAAUUUAUCCAUCUUAUUCAGUUGAUGAACAAGUGAAUAAUUAUCAAUUUCAAAAUGAUAUGAAUAUCACUAAUUUCGGACAGAAUGUCAAUUCAAUUGUGGAAAAUAAUAGUAUGCAAAUUCAAAAUAUGCAUUAUUAUCCUUUACAACAGCAACAACAACAACAACAGCAGCAACAAAUUCAACAAUUUCGACCAGAAUGUUAUGAACAAAAUCAUUCGUCGGUUAUUUGUAAUAACAGUUCAUUUAAUGUAAAUGUAUCAAAUUCAUAUAAUCCGGUACAUACACAAGAUUCUUUUGGAAUUUAUUCACAGGAUGCUGUUACAACUUCCGCCACAUAUUCAGGUGGGGAAAAUUUUCACUAUCAAAAUCAAGCGGCUCAAAAGGACAGAAAUAAUCCAAUAGAUAUGUAUUGGCCAAAAUGGUCGGAUAAUAAUGCAAGUGAUUUACGUUUGGAAAAUAUAUUAAAUCUCAGUACGGGAGGAUCAACUGAUUACACAAAAUUAAAUCAAACUUCAAGUGUCUAUUGUUUUGCACCACCAUUGUCCUGUCCAUUGUCAGGUUCAUCAAGUUCAGAGAAUGUUGAGCGUGCUGAAUUCGUGACAGCGGGUCGAUGUCAUACAUUCAUUUCAAACAGUUUGGUCUACAGCGAUUCAACAACAGGUAUGAGAAUGGCAAACUUACCUGUUAAUAAUGGCAAGGAAACAGAAAGUGACGAAUCAAGUAUUACAAUAGAUUACAGAUCAGACGACAGUUUUCAACCUGAACCAAUUCAGGAGGUUUGGAUCACUGAUUUCAAUAAUCAAGAUGGCAAUGAAUCUAACGAUUAUCUCUCAACAUCUUGUGAAACGAUUCCCGAAUAAUGCGUUCAAUUAUUAAAUAAAUAUAUAUAUAUAUAAUAUUCUAGCUUUUAAAAAGCAGAAAAUUUCUCUUAGGAAAAAAAAACAAUGACUUCAUUUUUUUUCUUUGGCAUUAAUAUCUAUUUAAAAAUUUGAUUUCAUAAUUUUUUUAAAUUAUGAAAGGUAAUAUUAACGCUAACACAAUUUGUAGAAUUAUUACCUAAAAAAAAAUGUAAAAAAAAUUUCCUAAUUUCAUUUUGCUGUUUCAAAAAGAUCGUAAAAUGAUAAAAACAGUGUGAAAUUAAAGUAAAGCAUUUGAAAUGCCAAAAUGUGACAAAUAGAAAAGAAAUAUUUUUUCACAUUGAGAUUUCAAAAAAAGAGAAAAAAAAGUCACUCGAUUGCGCGCAUUUUCUAUGCAAUUUCUAUCUAAAGAAUAUCAUUCUUUUUUUUUU